UUCUCCAUGACCCCACCUCUUUUAAGAACGCAGUUCUAUGAUUGGCAGUGAUGCGUCCUAAAACUGCCCAAUCACGCACGAGCGGCUGCUUUGGCGUCUCUGCGCCUGUGGGAGGAACAUGGCCGACAGGCUCACGCAGUUGCAGGACGCUGUGAACUCGCUCGCAGAUCAGUUCUGUAAUGCCAUUGGAGUACUGCAGCAGUGUGGGCCUCCCGCCUCCUUCAGUAACAUUCAGACAGCGAUUAACAAAGACCAGCCCGCGAACCCUACGGAAGAGUAUGCCCAGCUUUUUGCUGCGCUGAUUGCACGAACAGCAAAAGAUAUUGAUGUUUUGAUAGAUUCCUUACCCAGCGAAGAAUCUACAGCUGCUUUACAGGCCGCCAGCUUAUAUAAGCUAGAAGAAGAAAACCAUGAAGCGGCGACAUGCCUGGAAGAUGUGGUUUACCGAGGCGACAUGCUUCUGGAGAAGAUACAGAGCGCGCUCGCGGACAUCGCCCAGUCCCAGCUGAAGACAAGGAGUGGCUCCCACAGCCAGGCUCUUGCGGACUCUUAGCACCCAGCAAACCAGUCGUGAAGCCCAGAACUGUUUCAGUCCAUUAUGAAUUCCACAUCCGAUUUAGAUACAAGCCGUAGCAACAGUUACAGACACAUACACUAUGAUACUUGUUACCUUUUUAGCUGUUUUAAAUCUAUUUUCACUCUUGAAAAAUAAGCUUACCAAAUUGUGAUUGAGCCAGCUUUAAACCAUCACUAUGCUAUCAUUUUUUAGAAUGAAAUUAUUGAGGUGGAUAUUGCAUUAAUGUUCAUAAUAUAAUUCAGCAGAUACACUA